ACUUGAUUUAACUAAUGAUGUGACUUCUGAGGAUCUUCAUAGUAAAAGGUACAUACAUAUGCACUAGUUUGUUAGCUUUUAAAUCUUUUAAACAGCCUUUUUCCAUUUCACUUCACCAGUUUUGACUGUUCUAUGUGGCUCAUUACCUUAAAUCCGAAUUAAAAUUCAUAUAAAUUUCAGGCUGUAAUGCAGCAAAACAGGAAAAACGUCAAGAGGGGGUGAAUACCUUUGUGUGGAGAGCACAAUCUGAGUUAUUAAUGUGAAGUUUUCCCCGACGUGGCAGCAGAUUUAGUGGAGGUCAAACUGCACCGAAUGAGCUUUAACUGGUUUUUAUGUGCCUCACAUAAAUCUUAAUGACUUCAGUACACACCAGACUGAGUGACAGGAAGGACCGUGGCCUCAGCAUUUAAGAAUGAUUUGUAUGAAUUUGCGGUUUGACCUUGUAGUUCCAGUUUCUUUGUGAAAGCAGAGCAGACAGAAUGGAUCCAGUUUAUGUUUCAGUGAAGCAGACUCUGGUGCGCAGCCAGGAUCCAGCAGCAGCGCGCACACAGCCAACACUCAGGACUUCCCACUCCAGUCAGGACCUGCUGGCCUCGUGUAUCACCAGAUGACGGUGCUAUCAGUCGGUGCUUCAGUGUGAGUAGACCUGUCCUGAAUGGUGGAUCACGCUGUUCGUGCGCGUACAAACGCCUCCAUCGGAUUUUACGCACACGUCGGUUCAGAGAAGCAACAGGAACACACUGUCAGUAGCAUUUCAAACGGAAGGCAGCAGCAGCAGGUGUGAAGCUUCCAACUCGGUGAUUAUUUCUAAUUGUGAGGAAAUUAUUACUUCUGGCGACACUGUGGAUGUGGAGUGCCAAAAUGUUUCCGCAGUUUCCCUGGCGGCGCGCCUGUGCCUCGGUCUCCAAGCCAGGACUGUGGACUGUUCGCCUGCCGCUCACUCUCCAGCAUUACACUGGAUUGUAACAGAGGAACCUGUUGGCGUCAUUACUGGAGGUCACUUCAUAAUCUGCGUGUGAUCUUUUAAGGAAGGCAGUGAAGGUGACAGCACCGCGCGCAGAGACACCUUUUUCAGUGGAUACGCAUUUUGGCACAGCACCGCACCGAGGAGCGCGCAGUGAUGCCGCAGCGGAUCCGCGUCCUGCUGCUGCUGCUGCACCUGGCUGUGGUGGUGGUGCUGCUGGGCGGGUCGGCCGGAGCGGCCCGGGUGCGGAAGAAGGCCACCAGGACCCGGCCGUGCCUGGACCUGCCGGAGGAGAUCCUGGAGCAGAUGUUCGGGCGGCUCUCGGUGGGAGUGAUGAGCGCCUUCCACCACGCGCUGCAGCUGGAGCCGCAGGACAAACUCAACCUGACGUGCCCGACCGUCGCUCGGUCCCCGACCGACAGCAAGACCCGCCUCCCGGUCAACCUGCUCAGCAUCUCCCCCUGGGCCUACAGGAUCUCCUACGACCCCUCCAGGUACCCUCGCUACAUCCCUGAGGCGUACUGCCUGUGUAAAGGCUGCCUCAUCGGCCAAUACGGUGCGGAGAGCAACCAGUACCGCAGCACCCCGGUCUACGCUCCCUCUGUCAUCCUGAAGAGAGCAGGCUCCUGCGCCGGCGGCCGCUUCUCCUACACCGAGGUGUACGUCUCCAUCGCUGUGGGAUGCACCUGUGUGCCUCUGCUGGAGAAGGAGAGGGACGGCCAGAACAGCAACCAGAGUCUGGAGAGAGUGGAGCCCAAAGCCAGACGGCUGGUGAAAUCAAGGAAGAGAGUAUGAAGGAAGCAGUGAUGUGGGGCUCCAGAGAAGUUCUUCUAAACCUGAUCUACAUUUUGGGUGUCUUUUUUCCACUGACACUUUAAACACCUGAGGGGAUCAUACCUGUGUGGUAGAAGCCCCUGUAACAGUCCCUAAACAAGCACACCUUGGAUAUUUGGGUGACAAAGGAUUUGGCUCCUGAUCUACAUCUCUGGUCAUCUCUUGGGGAAUUUAUUUUCUGGAAUCAAAGGAGGACAGUUUGUUGUCUGUUUUUGCUCAUCAAAUUUUUUGUCUUCAUUCUUGGCCUGGUUUUGAUGCCCUUUGGGCCUGAACUUGAUGUCUUGACCUAAGGUGUACAAUGAUACAAAAUCUAGAGUUAUUGUAUCGGCAGAGAAGAGGUGACAAAUCCAGAGAAGACUAGAUAAAACUCUAAAGUACAUUAUGAUGUUUGAAGGGUUGGUUCAGUCCAAAGUGCAGAGGAUCAUAUGUGCUGUAUCGUAGGCUCAACUGGACUUGCUUGAGUUUCCUGAAGACGUUUCAUCUCUCAUCCAAGAAGCUUCUUCAGUUCUGACGGACUGGUGCAGAGUCGCAGGCUUUAAACUCUGUGUGGGUGUGAACCCUUACAGAGUCUUUGAGGUCACAUGUGAGUCGUUGACCCACCUGGCCAUCUUGUGUGUCAGUAGGGUUAGAUGGGUCCAGGUGAGAAUGGAUGUUAAGCAGGGGUGUGCCCCAUCAUCUCGUUCACGAUCUCGUUCAUAUUGUGAUCCUCGCAGUAUUUCAGGUUGUUGAUAUAUUGACGUUAUACUGUUACCCACGGCAACAACAAGCAUGGCUGAAAGUGAAAUUAUUACAGACUCUGCGGUGGUUCCAAAAAGAGGAGCAGCUUCAGUAGUGUGGAAUAAACAGUGGCGUCCUGAAUGUUGUAUGAACAGCCCCGGACUUCUCAGACUCUUUUAGUGACUUACUGCUCAGAGGGAACUCAUUCAGCGGCUCCUCUGGCGGCAGCACAGCGUCUCUCUCGACAAAAACUCCACAUAUGUGACUGUGUGAUAGUUGUGGUAUCAUAACAGCCUGUCACAGGUUACAGUGUGAUGAUUUGAGGAGAAAUGGCAGAGCAUAAAGGUCCAGGUGGGAAAAAACACAACUCAGUCAUUCACCUCUUGAUUUAUAUAUAUAGAUCCCAGGGGACAUUUUUUGUAUUUGGGAGCUGUUUAAAUGUGUAAUUUGUGGUAGAUUUUAUUUUGUUGAGCUAAUAAUAUUGUAAGAGAAUCUGAAUCUCACUCUGAGAAACUGUUGUUGUUCACAAACUAAAGAAAUGAGAGAUCAUUUUAGUUGAUGAUGGCUUUUUCCCCACCUCUUUCAAACCAUUUUUCUUCUCUGGCCAAGAUGCGCACAUUGCUGUCCUCGAAGCAGUGUCCCUUCUUCUUAAGAUGUAAAUGGACAGCUGAGUCUUGACCUGAUGAACUGGCUCUCCUGUGCUGUGCCAUGUGCUUGUGCUCGUUUCACCAAAGUUUCACUUGACUCAUGUGUGACCUCAACAACUCUGUAAGGGUUCGCACCCACACAGAGGUUAAAGCCUGCAAGUCUGCACCAGUCCGUUAGAACUGAAGAAGCUUCUUGGAUGAGAAGCAAAACGUCUCCAAGAAACUCAAGCAAGUCCAGUUGCCAAAGAUGUAGCACUUAAGAUUACCAUGUUCUGGACGACUGAGAAUCUUCACAGACAAAGUGCAGAUGACAUAUUUCACUUAUCUCUUGUAUCUUGUUGUGCACAUAAUUUGGGUUUUAUUUGCUCUGGUUUUGAGAAAUGGAAGCAUAAAUCUCAAAGACAAACAUCUCAAAUUGGACAACUGAAACCACAACUAUCUGCAUGGAUAGAUACAAGCAGAAAUAAAUUAGGACCUGUAUAUUUGUAAUGUGGGUGGACAAACUCUUUCAUAAUUAAAGCAAACAUUUGACCAAUGGAAUAAAAUGCAAUGACCAGAUCAAUGCUGCCACCUGCUGCUGUAAAAUGCAACUGCAAGUACUUUUGACAACUGGAUAUCGUGACACACUGUAAUAACAAUUUGUCAUCAAUUAUACAAAAAAAGUAGCAUUUGUAGAUUUACUGGUUUCAUUCUGUAUUUUUUGGGUAAAACUCAGAAAUCAGUUGACUUAAACAGCCAGUGUGAUCCUCAGAUCAUUAAUGGGGGUAAGUAAAUAAACAU